AUGCAGCAGAAUUGUGUUACACAGCUUGAUGAUUCCAUGUUUGUUAAAGAGGCGAUCGCAAAUACAAACAUCAUACACAACACACGUAUCGCAAUUUUGCGAGAUAUUGAAAAGAAUUUAACAAGUUUGAACGAUAUUGCGGGGUGCACAGAUCUGAGUGGCAGUGUAGCGUUGCGAGGUAGCAGCCCAGGGGUCGACAAAUUGAACGCCGAAUGGGCAAAACGCGUAUUAACUGUGUACAACAACGAUAGUGAAACUGUCCACAAAAAAAAUAGGGACGUGAGCAUUAUGACAUCACACCUUAUAGACAUGUUUGGCAUGCGAGAGGUGCUGUCGUUGAGAGUGGGCGAGCUAAGUGGAGGUUUCAAGAUGCGCCUCGAACUAUUGAAACGGCUGAUUCAUGGCCCUCAAUUGCUUUUUCUAGAUGAACCUACCAAUAAUUUGGAUGCCGCAUCUGUAACCUUCUUGUCAAAAAUUCUUCGUCAUCUUACCGAAACAACGGGCCUUUCAGUGUUAAUCGUUAGUCAUAGUGCAUCAUUUCUCAGUACAUUAUGCACAUCAAUUCUUCAGGCACCUGGAGAUGGUACUUUGAAGGUGUAUGAGGGCGACUUCGACAAAUUUCUAGAUAGGGGAUCCAAAAAUCUGCAAAGUCGGAUGUCGCGUUUGAGCAACCUGCAGUCAGGUUGGAAGAAAUUAAAACAUGAAUAUAAUGAGAAAGUUGACUGCCACAAAGGAUCGAAGAGCCAGAAAAAGGUUUGGUUAUCGCAGAAACGACGUUUGUUAGAAGACACCGAGGAGUUGCUGCGUAAGGUCAAGGGUGCUGAGAAAAGCACAUAUAGCGACGCAUACGAACGAGCAUUGCUUUUGCACGAUAGCCAUUUUGAUGUGGCUCAUUUGUCACGUCUCACAUUGGUCAAGCGCGGUACAUUUGUAUAUCCGGACAAGCCGGCAUUCAGCCUAAAAGAUGUCACGUUACGCAGUGGGGGAGAGGCGCUGCUUUGUAACGUAUCACUGCAAAUUCACAAUUGCGACCGAGUUGUAGUUUUAGGUAAUAAUGGAUCAGGCAAGUCCACGCUACUGACGCUUCUCAACGCCGCUGCCAAUGCCGCUAACAUGGGUAUUCCUGAUGUGAAUGUAUUGCUCAAUCGUCGAUCACACUUCAACGUUGCGGACGGUCGUUGUGAGGCCAAAGAGAACACAAACGUCAACUAUUUCUCACAAAAUUGCAGUGACGUCCUGACGGCAGUGUCAACAGUUGCCACACUGGCAAUGAAUUACGCAGCCCUGGACAUGUCCGCCACACAGCAAUUGACAGAAUACCUGUCGAAUUUCUAUUUGAAGGAUCUCAUGGAUGUUAGAGUGCGGGAUCUAUCAUUCGGUGAACGCGCUCGCUUAGUGUUAGCUCUGCAAUUUUUGCGCGAUUCUAACUUCCUGCUAUUGGACGAGCCUAGCAACCAUCUCGACUUGUAUAUGCAAAGAAAUCUGGCAUCAAUUCUCAACCAUGUAUACACAAAGGGCGGUGUAGUGCUGGUGACGCAUGACUUACAACUACUUAAACGCCUCGAACGGAUAACCGCUAUAUUUUAUAUUCACCAGUCUAACAAGACAUAUACAUUCAACGGAGAUUUUAAGGACGCAUACAUACGCUUCAGACUUGAAGUACCAGACGCAUCACACACAGAGGUCGGCGAUUUCCUAGAGAGCUGUACAGACAGUUGUAAACACGAAGUGACCCCCCGCAUGUUUGACUCGGAACACAUCGCAGAGAAUAACGAAAUCGGGCAACACCCACACAAGAGACCGAAAAGCGGGGUUGAUUUGUCGCAGAAACGGAGUAAAACGAAACUAAAGAAUGCGAAGCGCUAUACGUAA